AAAUUUGGAGUCUCCAUAAUCUUAUCGGAAUAUUUAACUUGAAGCUUCAGUUUUUGCCUAUACCUUUCCAUAUUCCUCCCGGUAUAUUGUUAGACAAGCAAUUUCGGUCAAGAUGCCUCAUAAACAUACACGGAGGGAAAAGGAUCUCUCUACAUACGAUCUACCACCAUCGCAAAUCGCAAAACCUUUACCUGUAAAAUCACAACCACAACCACAAAAAGGUAACACAGGGAAGCCAGGAUCCAACCAGGCAGGCAAAAACUUGAAGCGGAAGCGCGAUACAGCAAAGAAAGAUGACGCGCCUCGCGCGUUCAAGCGAUUAAUGGCCUUCGCCGGGGGCAAGAAACCUCGUUCUGGAUUAGACAAUGGCGACGAACCAACUGGGAAGAACAAAAAGAAGAAAGCAGCUGCCACGCCGAAGCCUGAUUCCGAUACUAAGGAUUCUAAGGAGGCACGAGAACUUCCUACCAUUCGACCCGGCGAACGCAUGUCGGAGUUUGCAGCUCGAGUGGACGCAGCGCUUCCCAUUAGUGGUCUAAUCAAUAACUCGGUCAGAAACGGCAAGGACCCUCUAGGACUCAAGGCAUGGCAGACUAAGGAGAGAAAGAUGCACAAGCUAUAUGAUGAAUGGCGAGAGGAGGAGCGGAAAUUAAAGGAGAAGAAAGAGGAAGAGCUAGAACUCCAAGCAGAGAAGGAGCUCGAGGAAGAAGAAAUGGGCGUCACGUGGAAACUCGAUUCACAAAGUGGUGGCAAGAAAAAGAAGAAGGGAAAGAGAUCCAAGUAUCUAGGCGAGGUUGCCGAUGGAGACGAAGACCCAUGGGAGGCAUUGAAAAAGAAGCGCGGGGAGACAAAGGUGGGCUUGCACGACGUUGUCCAAGCACCGCCGGAGUUUAGCGUUAAGCCGCAGAGGAAGAUCACGGUUGGAGGCGCAAUUGUUGAAGUUGGUGGCAUCCCGAAGAAUGCGGGGAGUUUAAGGCGAAGAGAAGAAUUACAAACGGUCAGAGAUGACAUCGUUGCCUCCUACCGGAAGAUGAUGAGCGAGAAACGACCGUCUUUGCACACGUCUUAAUAUCGAGGCAAGGCUCAUCACGGCUCUACAAUCUAGAUACUCGAAUACGAAAGACUUGACCAUGGCACUAUUCAGCUGCGAUUAAACGUAUUCCGACUUCCUUUUUAGACAUCACAUCACCAGAUUCUACCUUCUUUUGUGAUAGAAGGCUUAGAUCACAAUGCCUGUGGGGUAAUUCUGUAGGAGGAGGUAGGCGGCCAAUGUUACUAUCAACUCUGGCG